UUGGGCCGUGGCUAAGAAUCAUUUCGUGAACGUCGUAAUCGACAUUCCAGUUCGGCUGAUAAAAUCCGUUUUUAGUUAAUGAAAAACGUAUCCAACCGCGAUUAAUUUGUGACGUAGAGAAUCUUCUUGCCGAGUACUUUCGUUUUCUCUAAGUUUUAUCGCGCUACAAUCAGAUUGAGUGGAUUAAAAUCGUGGAAAAGUCCGAGGUGAGCGAAUGUCAAGAAAGCACAUUUUGGUCGGCCAUUUUUGUGGUGCCACGCAAAAUUCGAUCGUAUUGCAUAUUGCGGGCUGGCCGUGCAGUGGUCUCGUGUUUUGAAAGUGAAUGGAGAAAUGUAAACAAAAGCAAACUUGGCCGGACAAUAACCCGCGCUUCAUUUUCUGAUCAGUGAAGUAUAUUUGGAGAGGCCAUUCGUGGGCCACUGGACCGUGUUUUUCGUUUUGGUAAUUUCGCAGCAGCUGACAUGAUAUCGACCGGGUUGGCGGAACAGGAAGCCAGUGAGGUGCUGCAUUCCUUGCUGUCUGUUGAGAGGAUUCGCGACGAAAGUGAAACUUUUUCUGGACUCAAGAUGGGAAUGCAAGUGGAGAUCGAUGAUACUGAGGAUAGUGAGGAAAGACAAAACGAAACAAUCGAUAUUGAAACCGUCGAAGAGCACUACAUAAAGGAUACCAAUUCUUUGAAUUUGCAAUUGAGAGCUAACGACCAGGAAAAUUACGAUAGUUCCGAUGCUGAAGAUGACAGUCCCGAGUGUGUUGAAAUUCGUCUGAAAAAGGGCUGCGAAUGUAAAUUCAAUUGUUUCAAGGAUCUAGACGCGGAACAAGUCUACCGGCAUCGCUUGAACAUCGCUGAAUUGACAAAAGAUGAGCACGACAUGUAUCUGAUGGGAGUCACAAUGGCAUCCAUAUCAAAUGUGAAAAAGACAAGCAGGCAGAAAGACAGACAACGGAAUCGUGCCAGCUAUGUCUAUCAAGGGAAGCGAGUGUGCCUGGAGGCCUUCCUGUUUCUUGAAAAUGUCACACUCUAUCACAUAAAGCGGAUACGAAAUCAUGUCCUUAAGCAUGGCGUAGUGCCAAGAACCCAUGGGAAUAUCGGCAAAAAGCCACACAACACAUUUUCUUUGGAUAUGUAUAAAAAUCUUGAGAACUAUAUCAAGAAAUUUUUAGGUCCGCAUGUAGUGGAUUUCAAUAAAAAUCAAGUUAUUUAUGGAGUCACUCGAGUGGAGAUUUAUAAUUCAUACAAGGACCAUGGCCGUAAAGCAGACGAAAAACUGGUUGGCUACUCGACGUUUCGACGAUUCAUGAAGAAGCAGUUUCCUCACAUUAAAUUCCAGAAAGUGGAUCAUUCGGGACGACAUGUGGAGGCUAUGUCAAAGGGAGCGAAGAAGAAGCAAGUUUCAUUGAAAGCCAGUUUAACCGAGGGGAAAGGCAAGGAGCCUGGAAGUGGGAGUGGCCAAUUAGGGUGGCAGUGAUUUGCAGGCAAACUGAUCUCCUUUCUACGUGAUCUGAAUUAGUCUUAAGUCUUGUCUUAAGGGUUUUGCGUUUAAAUGCUUUAGAAUAUAUGCUCAUAU